AUGUUUCUUCAGCGGGGAUCUCGCGCAAUACGUCGCCAGUGGCACUUAUACCACACUCUAAAUCGCUUCGUCGAGGUCGGCAUUCGCCGUGGUGCAUAUGCCACGGCGGCUAGGGGUUUCCAUUCUACGACGAGUCUCCAGGUUGUCAAACCGGUGCUGCUGGCUGAUAUUGGCGAAGGCAUUGUGGAAUGCGAAAUCAUACAAUGGUUCGUCGAGCCCGAAGCGCGCGUCGAGGAGUUCUCGCCGCUAUGCGAAGUCCAGAGCGACAAGGCCUCGGUCGAGAUCACGAGUCGCUUCUCUGGCAUUGUCAAGAAGCUCCACUACGACGCCGGCGAGAUGGCCAAGGUGGGCAAGCCGUUUGUGGAUAUCGACAUACAGGGUGAUGUCAAGAAGGAGGACCUUGAGGCCUUGACGGUGACGGAGCCCGAGGCACCAGUGGAGAUCGGCGUUGCAGAGCCCCUGAAUAAGGAGUCCCUGAGUAAAGCACCCGAGAGCCAGGUGCAAGAAGAGACCUCAGGGAAUGAGAUUCCGGAGAACAAUAGGCACUCAAAACCGCCGAAACAAGGGGGGAGAUUUGCGUCUCUGGCUACCCCAGCGGUGCGGCAUCUGUCAAAGGCGUACAAGGUAGACAUCACGGAAAUUGAAGGGACGGGAAGAGAUGGCAGGGUUCUCAAGGAGGACAUCCAUAGAUUUGUCGAGAACCGCAAUUCCUCUAGCAUUUCUAACCAAGCUGGAACCGCACCACCUUCGUCCGCAUUCUCCCAACCAGUCGACACGGCAACACAAACUGAGACCACAGUUCAGCUCACGCACACCCAAGCCCAGAUGUUUAGAACCAUGACACGUUCCCUUUCUAUACCCCACUUCCUAUACGCCGACGAAAUCGACUUCACCAAUGUCUGUUCACUGCGGCGCCGUCUAAACAAAAUCCUUGCCUCCUCGGCGAAAGUUGAGGAAGUAACCAAGCUGACCUACCUCCCCUUUAUCAUCAAAGCCGUCUCCGUGGCUCUGAACCAGUACCCCGUUCUCAACUCCCGGGUCGACGUGGACAGCCAGACGUCCAAACCCAGUCUCAUGAUGCGCAGUCAGCACAACAUCGGCGUGGCCAUGGACACACCCUCCGGCCUCGUCGUGCCCGUCAUCAAGAACGUCGGGUCGCGGAACAUCCUCUCCAUCGCCGCCGAGCUCGUCCGUCUGCAGUCGCUCGCCGCGACCAGCAGGUUGUCAGUUCAGGACAUGAGCGGCGGUACCAUAACCGUAUCCAACAUUGGAAACAUCGGAGGCACGUAUUUGUCGCCCGUCCUCGUGGAUAAGGAGGUGGCGAUCCUAGGCAUAGGCCGUAUACGCACAGUGCCGGCCUUCGACGAGGACGGAAACGUGGUCAAAAAGCAUGUGUGUAACUUCAGUUGGAGUGCGGACCAUCGCGUAGUAGACGGCGCGACCAUGGCACGGGCCGCUGAGGUGGUGCGCCAGUUUGUUGAGCAGCCUGAGGUAAUGGUCACCCAUCUUCGGUGA